AUGUCCAAAUCACGAACCAAGUCCGGCUUACCCGAUCCCCUCGCACAUGUGCUUCGUGUUCGAGGUCGACUCGUACAAGCACCAGGACCGCAAAAUGGCGCCGCGCUUCGACAUUCUGACCUCCGAGCCGGCGCUCGACAUGGUGGUGGAAAACGCCCCGCCGUUCUCGUGGAUCAUCGUCGCGAUCCAUACGCUGCACACGCUCGAGACCAGCUUGCGGGGCCUGCUCGACGCGCAGACGCUCAGGGCGCUCGCGGCGUUGCCCGACAGCCAUACGGUGCUCAACGUCUUUGUGCGCAAUUUCCCCGUUGCGCUGUUUUUCUGCAACACAGCCAAGCUGCCCUCGCCGUACGAGUUCUACCAACACAGCUUCAACUUCAUCGCGCUCGUCGAUGUGCCGUUCGCGUGCGACUGGCACGUCGGGCAACAGCGCGCGCUUCUGCUGGAGUCGUUCGAGACGCUCGCGAAGCUCGCAGACGCGAAAACCACAAAACUGCUCGCCCCGGUGAAACACAAAAUGACGCUCACGUGGACGGCGAUCCAGACGCUCGAGAUCCAGAUCCCGCUCCAGGACCUCACGCCGGGCCAGCGCCAGACGCAGCGGAACCUCGCAGUGUGCAAGGCGCUCUUCUACGCGCAGGAGAUCUUGUAUCUGAAGCUCGCGGACACCGCCACAGAGGCGGGCAGCCCGGUGGUGCAGUUCUACCUCGAGCAGCUCGUGGCGGAGCUCGGCGCGCUGGCGGGCAACUCGCUCACGCUGCUGCUGUUCCCGCUACUGAUCGGGGGCUGUGUGGCCCUGAAAAUGGCGCACCGUGA